UUCUAUUAGCUCCAUUUUUUACAGACAUGAAAGUAAGGUUCUUUAUGUCUAGACUGUCUCUUUCUUUUCCAACAAUAAUUUAGGUGUCUGAACCUUCAAAGUCAAAUUUUUAUAAAAAAGUAGUGUGUCAUCACACUCUGUCUCACGAAAAAAACAAUUAAUUAGAGAUGCAUUUUCAUCUUUACUGAUUGAUUCUUAUGUGUUAUCAAAAUAAAUACUGAAUAAAUUCAGAUUCACGAACUUCGAUCACUCUAUUGAUAACGUUAAUCUUUUUGGAAGAUGUAAACAAAGUCACGUGGUACAAGAGUAGUCUCGCCGUCCAAUCGGGUUGCUGCAUUCAGAAUAGCAUGUGGGCGGUGGCAACUUGGCAAGUCAGUGCGAUGUUUUCUUUCUCAUUCGGUGAUACAAGUUUGGAGUUUGAGUAUCAGUCGUCUAUUCCGUCGUAAUUUUAAAUUGAUGAUUGCAAGUGCUCAGAUUGUUAUUAGUAAAAAUCUGGUGUAAAAUGGUGUUGAAGUGGCCAUUUGAUUAAAACUAAAGUGACGUGAAUAAUUGUAUUCAUGGAAUAAAGUGAAUUAGAACUGGUCACUGAUGUGCUAGGUUAGGUUUUCCAAAUAAAAUGUAAUACUAUGUUUAUAAACGUUGUGUGCUCAAUAACCGGUGUUAAGUUUUAAGCCUAUAAAAGUUGAUUUGAGUGAGUACAAUAGUAAAAUUAUUAUUCAAUGUCUCAAUCGACGAGGGAUACUAUUAUUCAUUUAGUGGCUGGAGGGGCUGCGGGGACAGCAGGUGCAGUGGUGACGUGUCCGCUGGAGGUGGUGAAGACGCGACUGCAGUCGUCGUCAUCAGGCUUCCAUUCGCCGCAGCAGCCGCAACACGUGUGUCUGCCGAAGAUCGCAUCGGCCGACGGCUGUUCGCACAGUCACGUGACCUGCAAGACCAUCCAGCACCGGCGCCGCAUCAACACCAUCACGCCCCGUCAUGCCACCCAGUUCCUGGCGCUCUCGCACUAUGGCCGCAACGUAGCCGGCGCUGGCCUCCAGACAAACGGCGCCCCCACCGGACUCGCACAGUGCCUCAGGCAUAUAGUGGAGCACGAGGGCCCGCGAGCGCUGUUCAAGGGCCUUGGUCCGAACCUGGUCGGCGUGGCUCCGUCUCGGGCCAUCUACUUCUGUGCCUACUCCCAGUCCAAGUCCUCCCUCAACGGUGUCUUCUCGCCCGACACCGCCAUCGUUCACAUUCUCUCCGCAUCCUGUGCAGGAUUUGUAGCAUGCUCAGCGACGAAUCCGAUCUGGUUCGUGAAGACGCGACUGCAGCUGGACUACACUCGCAGCGGACAGCGACUCACAGCAUCGCAGUGCAUCCGCAGAAUAUACAGGCAGUCGGGUAUCAAAGGUUUCUACAAAGGUAUCACAGCUUCGUACUGGGGCAUAUCAGAGACAGUUGUACAUUUUGUAAUCUACGAAGCGAUCAAGGCCAAGUUGCUGAUGAGGCGAGCGACAAGUGAGGGUGACACAAAAACGUCAAGAGACUUUCUUGAGUUCAUGAUUGCCGGUGCCAUUUCAAAGACUGUUGCCUCGUGUAUAGCUUAUCCUCAUGAAGUGGCUAGGACGCGACUGCGAGAGGAAGGCAACAAGUACCACGGCUUUUGGCAGACUCUGGGCGUGGUGUUCAAGGAGGAAGGGCACAGGGGGGUGUACCGGGGCCUGGCCACCCAGCUCAUCCGACAGAUCCCCAACACAGCCAUCAUGAUGGCCACCUACGAGGCCGUCGUCUAUGUCCUCACCACCUAUUGUGAUGCCAACAGUAACUUUUACUCUAGAGAUAAUCAUUGAUCUAUCUGUGAUAUUGCCGUAUUUUCGAAGAAGCCUUCAAACCUAGAAUACGCUCAUAUAGUUGCUCGAUCCAUUAAACGCGUCUUCACGAUGUGACAUGUUCAAGGCUUGUGCUUUGUUAUAAAUUGUUUGUAUUCGUAUGUCGUCUCACCUUUUUAUAUUGACAUAUUUUGUAUAACAGAUUAUAAUAAUUUUGAAGGAGCGCGUUGAUAAAUUAAGUCAUGUUUUUGUUAAUUGUUGAAAAUGGAAUUUUAUUUUUGAAAAUUAUCAUAUUGAAUUUAUAUUUUGUACCGAAGGAAGUAUAUAAUCUUCUAAAAAUAGGCAAAGUGUUUUCAAUGAUGUUCAGUAAAUGGAUUCUGAAUGAAUAUUUUGUUAUUAGUUGCGUUUUUAGAUUUCCUGUAUAUGUAAACUAGAUUACACAUAGUAAUAUAACACUGUUAAACCAUGAGAAAAUGUGUUCUAAUAAAUAUGACAAUUUCCUUAAUAGUCAAGUAGCACAAGAGUUGUCAAAGCGCUUACAAAUUGAUUCGGGUGUUGUACCACUUAUCGAAAUACUUUCUUAUUCAUUUUCUCAUUUUUAACGAUCAAUUCUUGUAAUUAAUCCGAUUUGAGAUUCUGUUUAGAAGAAGUAUGGAUAUUUUCUAAAUAUCUAGAACUAAUUCGCCUAAACUCUUGUGGCAUUGUAUUACUGUAUAAUAUAAGGCGUCAUAUAGCAAAAUAAUUUAUGGGAAAGAAACCAUUACAGAUUCAAAUAGUUAAUGCUUUAACUAGUUUUUGUAUAGAAAAAUUUAUUAAUUCUUGAUCGGAUGAUCAUUAUCUAAAUCACAGUUCAAUUAGCAUGUAUAACGACUAGAAAAUGAAAAAAUGAAAUUUUAUGGUAAUCUGAACAGUUGGGAAAAAUAGAUUUUUAUUUUUCUUAACUCCAAAUCAAAUGCACUAGGUUUAAUAGAUUUCGAUUCCAUAACCAUGACUAUAUUCCAAAGUAGCAAUAUAUUCUUAUUCGUCCUUUUGACAAGGUUGGUUGGAUACAAUUUUUUUCUGUUUACGCACAAAUUUGUCAUGGCUAGUCUUGUAUUUAGGAGAGGCAGAGAGGCAGUGGAGUCUUGAUCAUUCAAUCCAGUUGUAGUUAACUAUAUUCUUUUGAUUCAUUUGUUGGUGAACAUUGAAAUUUCUUAUCACACAUAGUUUAGACAUAUGAUGUUUCUACCACAUUACAAAUUGUAAGUUGAUCUUACGUACAUAAUUGAGAAUGUAACUAGAUUUUUUUGGAGGGUUCAAUUUUUUACUGUAAAAGAGGAAUUGCCAUAGAGAAAUAUAAAAUAUACUGCAGUUGUAAACUACGUAAAUUUCUGUAGUUCUAGACUCUCAGUUACUAUCUAGUGCUUCCAGGCUACUAUUUUGUAUUCAAAUUAAUUAAUAACUUGAUCAAUACAGUCAUAUUUAUGUACACUCGAGAACAAUAUUGUUGAGUUUAAAAUAGUUAUAAUUUAAAAUGUUAUUUUGUGAUUUUCGAAGCAAAAUCAUUCAUUUGAAAUUAUCAAGACUCAUUUAUCACGUAGGCCUACCUAUUUACCCACUUGCGAUUAUUCAAACUUAAUUUUAAACUAAUCAAAGCUUCAGUGUUGCUUGAACCACAAUAUAGCUAGAUUUAUUGCCACAACAUAUAAAAGUACAGUAAUAGGAAUAUCAAUACAUUUUAAAGGUCGAUUGAUUGAGACUCUGCUAUAGAAGUAGUAUAAAAAGACUGUUGUAUAGAAUAAUAAUUGAAAUAACAUUUAUACAUAGAAUAUUAUGUAACAGGUUAUUUAAAAUAAAUAAAAUAAAAAUAAA